AUGCGGCGGUGGCGGCAGCCGAUGCGGGGGCUCGAUGCUCCAGAUCGGGCCGGUGUUGUCAGUGGCAGUGGAGGCUUCAUUGUGGUUGGCUGCGUGUGUGCCCAUUCUGGUCACAUCUGGCCGGCUGGGCUCGGCUGCGGUGGCUUUGGCGAGCGGUGUGCGACUCCGGGGAUGGACGACGGCGGUGCGGCAGAGCUCGCGUUUGGUGGUUGGUUCGGGGCGGCCAUUGCAUCAGGGGAGGUGGUGAGGGCAUCGGUGGUCAUCAGAGAGGAGGCGUCGGCUUCAGGUUGCCCUGCCGUCGCUCUGUGUCGUUGUCGCCCUCGCCGCCGCCUGCCUGGCCAGUCUACUGCGUCGCACAGGACACCAUGUUCUGGCCGCUCUUCGUCCUAA